AUGGCAGCCGACGAGAACCAUGUGUCCGACAAGAUCGAAUACUCCGCCCCCACGGAAAUAUCAUACUGGAACUUGGUUUCCGACCAGGGCGUCGUGACACAAGAAAUCAUUGAUAAUCCGUACUCAGGCUCGGGAACAGAGGAGGACCCAUAUGCAGUGACAUGGGUUCCCAACGAUCCGCGUAACCCUAUGAACUUCAGCGCGGUGAAAAAAUGGUCAUACACCAUGCUGGUGGCCCUUGCUACGUUGGCUGUGGCUCUGGUCUCAUCAGCUUAUACUGGAGGCGUUGAAGAGAUCGAGAAGCAGUUUGGCAUUGGAAGCGAAGUGACAACUCUUGGCGUUUCCCUUUUCGUUCUGGGUUUUGCAAUUGGUCCCUUGCUUUGGGCUCCCCUGAGUGAACUGUUCGGACGUCAGGUUCUCUUUACUAUAACCUACUCCGCCCUCACGGCUUUCAAUGCUGGUACGGCCGGUUCUCAGAACAGCUGGACUCUGAUCAUCCUUCGGUUCUUCGCCGGUGCCUUUGGAUCGUCGCCUCUGACCAACGCCGGUGGUGUCAUCGCAGACAUGUUCCCUGCUAAUCAGAGAGGCAUGGCCAUGAGUCUUUUCGCAUCCGCCCCCUUCCUUGGACCUGUUCUGGGCCCUAUCGUCGGCGGAUUUCUGGGGAUGAACGCGGGCUGGAGAUGGGUUAUGGGCUUCCUUGCCGCCUUCUCUGGUGCCGUCUGGAUUUUGGGUACUCUGCUUAUUCCCGAGACCUAUGCGCCAGUACUCCUCCGCCGCCGUGCCGAAAAGCUUUCCAAUAUCACGGGUCUAGUAUACCGGAGCAAGGUUGAAAUUGACGAUGGGAAAAUCUCCCUGAAAGAAUCGUUCAAGCUUGCAUUGUCUCGUCCUUGGAUUCUCUUGUUCCGGGAGCCAAUUGUAUUCCUACUGUCUCUAUACAUGGCCAUUGUUUAUGGUACCUUGUAUAUGAUGUUCGCUGCCUUCCCCACUGUCUACCAGCAGGAUCGCGGCUGGAACCAAGGGGUCGGCGGUUUGACGUUCUUGGGAAUCAUGGUUGGCAUGCUGAUUGCCGUGAUCUACUCCAUAUGGGAUAACAAGCGUUACGUCAAGGUCGAGGAGGCGCAUGGUGGUUUUGCCCCCCUCAGUCGCGCCUGA